GUUGUCACCUCCCUCCCCAUUGUCUCCCUCCUCACUCUAUCCCAUCUCUUCCCCGUUCCCACUUCGCCGGAGCACCACCGCGGCCACGGCGCGCGACGCGAGCACCCACCCCGCCGCCGCCGGCGGCUGACCAACUUCCUCCUCGCCGCCUCCCAAUCAUCUCGAGAUUUUAACUGAACUCCUCUCUUGAACUUCACGAGUUUUUGUUCAACAAAGAACAAUGGAAGGCCGGUCCCAGUUGAAUCCAGAUGCCAGUCCUUUCAUACCUUCCUCACUAAGUCUUUUCACAUACAAUGAUUCUAAGAGACAAGCAGAGUCAUCCUCGAUGAACGAUCCUUCUGCUAGAGCUUGCCGUCCUUCCAUGUGCGAGGAAAAUGAUAUGGAUCCACUUGCUUUGACCAAAUCUGUCCUUUUAAUGUUCCCGAAUAUCUCUGAGGAAUUCAUUGAUGAGUUACUCCAGGCAAAUGAAUUUGACAUAUGUCUCACGGUUGAUAUGCUUCAUGAGCUGAAUUCACAAAAUAUGCUUCAUGGUGAUGCCAUAAUGGGCUUCCCAACAUUCCCAGAUGUGAAGAAAUUUCACGGCAACCUAGGCCUACCUGAUGGUGAUUUGUCUGAAAGCAACAGCAGUCUUGAUCAAUCUCUUCAGAAGGGUAUGUCACUGACGACUUCUGGUGCGAAAUCUGCCUCGGCAAUGAUUCCAGAUAACAUUUCUCUUCAUGAUAAACUGGGUGUACAGAAAGACGAUAAGCCAGCAAUUGCUUCUACCACAAAUUAAUCUGCAAUGCAUCCUGCUGUAGAUUCUGUAUUCUUUUACUGCUAGUUUGGGUGCCUGACUGAAAGUAGUGCAAAGUGCAGACAGUGCAAAACUGCAAACAAUGAUUGUCUUCUUAAUCCAUGUUUGAAGGACUACUUGGUUUUCUGGGUUUGAGCUUUUGAAAGUGUGCAUCGCAGUUUCAGUUUGCUUGUUAGUUGUUACCGAGAGUUGUAUAGGUCUUUUGAUGUAUUCGUCAGUCACUAUUAUGUACUCUGAACCCAGUGGAUUGUGCAGCAGCGGCAGCUCUCGUGUACCCCCUGCGAGUGCUACCUAUGGUUGUCAAAUUUACCACAGAAUUAGCAGUCA